CGACAAUUUAGACGUGCUAUGACCAUGAAUGCUGAUAGAAGAAAAACAGAAAAUGAAGACGAAAUUGACAAUUUAGAAGCCCCUCCAGAUGACCCACAUCAACCAUUAAAUUCUUUUAAAUUAUUUAAUAAAAAAGAAAAACAACGAAGAUAUAGUUUAUGGACAGAAAGAUAUUCUUUAGAUUAUUUAAAACAAAAGAAAAUUAAAACAAAAAUGGUUAUUUUAUCAAGAGAAGAGAAUGAAGAAGAAGAGGAAAAGGAAGAGGAAGAAGAAAAUGAAGAUAAUAAUGUAAAAGAAGAGAAUUUGCGUAAAAGAAUGCAACAAAGAAGGAGAAGAUUGGGUUAA